AUGCUAUUGUCAUUUGGAAUUUUCACAGUCAUUAAGAAUUACACACCUUUAUUGCUAGAAAGUGGCGAUAUUUACUGUGAUUGGAAUGCAUCAACAGUUUCAGCUGGCACUCAACGGGAUGUUGUAUUCUUAUUUGCUACAAGUAUUGGAAAAGGAUUACAUUUAGCUUACAUUUCACUCAGAUCAACUGGUUCAAAUUGCAGAAUAAUUUUAUUUGUACCAGAAAAACUAAAUCUCUCUCCUAAAGAAAAGAAAAUGCUCAAAAUAUACAAAGUUGAAGUCGUAAAAAUACAAGAAAAUGUCCGAAACGACAAAACAGUUCCUCAUAUGGAUAGAUACGAACAUGAAUACGAAUGGCUUACGAAUAAUCUUAAAGAUGUAGAUAGAGUGUUCCAUACAGACGCAUUUGAUGUAUUUUUCCAAGGAGAUCCAUUUGCAGAUAUUUUAUCAAAUAAUUCUCUCACUUUAGCACUUGAACCACAUCAAUUUAGAUCAUGCGGAUGGAACCUAGCCUGGUUGAAAGAAUGCUAUGGCGAUGCAGUGCUUGGACAGUUACAUCACAAUUUCAUUUUGUGUUCUGGAUCUAUUGGAGGCUCUGCACAUGAAUAUCUUAAGUUAUUGAACCUAAUGAUUACGUCAGACCACUGGAUUAAAUGCUGGGAUUCAAGUAUGGAUCAGCCAAUCUUAAAUUACAUGAUUUGGUCCGGAAAAGCAACAAAAGAAGGAAUUAAAUAUAAAUUGACAGGCUGUAACGAAGGAUUCUACACAAUGCAGUGGUGUAUCAAAGGGAAAAAUAUUUUAUUCAACGAACACAAACAAAUUGUAUCAAUUGAAGGAACUGUUCCUGCAUACAUUCAUCAGUAUAACAGAUACGAAUCUUUACAGAACCUUCUUUUCGAGAAAUGCCAUAUUACAGGCUAA